UUGGCUGGAUGCUCCUGUGAUGGUAAAAUUAGGUCUGAGCUGACUAGGGAGCGGUUUGACACCGAGCCCAGUCCUCAGUGAGAGUGAGAGCUCGGGGCUCUGCCGAAGCUGCUGCCCCGAUGUCUCAGCCGGCCAUCAAACCGGACCUCAAAGAAUCUUUAGAAGAAUACCCAGGGGCUGAAACUAACAAUGAAGCCCAGCAGGAGGAGAUGUCCCGGAAAUAUAUCUUCCUCACCAUAUUCUCCUGUUUCUGCCCAUCUUAUCCCAUCAACAUCGUGGCGUUUGUUUUCUCAAUGAUGGCUCUACACAGUUACAAUGAGGGAGAUAUCGAUGGAGCCAAAAAGCUAGCACACUUGGCAACCCUGGUUGCCAUCGCAGCCAUUAUUGUUGGAUUAUUAAUUAUCGCAGUCUCUUGCAUCGUUCACUUCUCCAUGCAUCACUGACUGGAUAAGCAACAAAGAAGAUUAAUUGUUUUGGAAACUCACCAGCAACCAUCUGAGAGAGGAUGAAGUUGCAUGUAAUUAGUGCUGACCAUGUACAGUUUUUAUUGUGGUUAAUGUGAUCCUCUUACUCAGCUACCUACAGUCAGACCUUCGUAUAGUCUUAAAACCAGUUACUGCCUUUCAUGAGGGAAAAGUGAAAUACUUUCACACCUUUGCUCUAAUGGGAAACUCAAGAAAUCUAUUUUCCACUGAAUCUGGCAGCUGGAGAACCACAGAGCUGCAAUAACAGUGAGGGAAGUUUUUAUUUAAAAACAAUGUCAGAUCGGAUUAUGUAUUCAUUGUGCAAGCAUUAAUGUGAGGCAAACAGAUUCCCAUGUGCAGGCGAUCACGUCAUUUCUAAGAUAGUGUAACCCACUCUAUGUGCAUAUUGUAUGGCUGUAUCUCAUCACAGAUGUUGUUAACAAUUUUAUGAGAAGGGUAAUCCCUUAAGAGUCAGCUGUUACAAUAUUAGCACAUAACACGAAACAAAUUUAUACAAAGUUCCUGUCAGCAUUUUAACAAGAGAUAUAAGUCCAUUUUAAUAUAAAUAAUUCAAAUGCCUCAUGAUGUAGCAGAAAGUGAUUUUUGGGCAGAUCUAUAUGCUGACACUGAUUUCAAUUUCAAGAUGUGCAAUUCUAUGAUAGUUGGUCAAAAUUAUUUAGUAAGGUGCUUUAUUUAGUGAUGCCAUUUGCACAUUAGCAUCAACACUCAACAGAAUACACCAUAUCCAACCAACUUACCCCUUGUGAAAUACACAAUUUAUCAGCUCAAAUUGUUCCCAGAGCUUUUUUCUACAGAAAAAAAAACAAAAGAACUGUGGAUGCUGUAAAUCAGGAACAAAAACAAAGUUGGUGGAAAAGCUCAGCGGGUCUGGCAGCAUCUGUGAAGGAAAAAUUAGAGUUAACACUUCGGGUCCGGUGACCCUUCCUCAGAACACUUCUGAGGAAGGCUCACCGGACCCGGAACGUUAACUCUGUUUUCUCCUUCACAGAUGCUGCCAGACCCGCUGAGCUUUUUCACCAACUUUGUUUUUGUUCCUUUUUUUUAAAAAGUUUUUUUGCGGGAUAUGAGAAUUGCCAGUUUAGCUGACAUUUACUGCCUUUUCAGCGGUGCUGUUGAAAAGGCAUUGGUGAACCUUCGGCUAGAAUCACUAUAGUCCAUGUGGUGGACACUCUACCAGCAUUAAUAACAGGUUUCACUUAACAUCACACAUUAUAAGGUACUCCUUAACCCAAUUGCAACCCAACUUCAGUAAGACAGAGUCUGGAAGAGUGUAUAAUUUUAUGGAUGGGUUUAUGGUUCAAAAGGGCAUUAUGCACAAGUUUUACACAAUCACUGUGAUAUUUUAUUGAAAUGUUAAUGACUUGAAACAAAGAAUAGUCCACUGGCAGUUCAGUUCCUGCUGCCUGGAACAUAUCCAUCUACACAGAUAGCUAGUAGUCUUAACUAUUGUAGCAAUUAGAUUUACCAUUGACAUAAUUUUUGAACCUGCUCAUUCUUUCAGACCUGCAGCGAGGGAAAAAGUAGUGAAAAUUUUGAACUUUGAUCUUGUUUAAUGUUUACAAAUUAAAUUCUCUUCCAGCAUCA